UGUGGGUGUAAACACUGAUAGGUGCGAGAGUAAAUGAAAGCCAGUGUAAGAGUCCUGAUACUGAGGAGGAAUUAUUCUGUUGUUGGUAAUAACACCAGGGACGUGCGGCCUAUUGUGUCAUUUAUCAACAGCUAGUGAUGGAUGCCGUUCAUACCCAGGGUAUUUGGAUAGCAGAGUCCUUGCAGCUGUCAACGAAACAAUAUGAGCACAUAUGGCUCUUCGCCUCUCACAUGGGUGACCCGAAAGCAGCGUUCUUGUUGAUAUUUCCUCUGACUUACUUCGUCAGCCGACAAACUGGCGUAGCCGUGGUCUGGGUUGCUGCUAUAUCGGAAUGGCUCAACCUGGUGUUCAAAUGGAUUCUUUUCGGAGAACGGCCAUACUGGUGGAUAAAGGAGUCCGGCCUGUUUGAGAAGAACCCGCCUCAGCUACAGCAGUUUCCCUCUACCUGCGAAACUGGACCAGGUAGUCCCUCGGGGCACGCGAUGAUCACAGCAGCAGUGUGGUGGGUGAUGGUAUCCACCUUGGCCUCAGAAAUACACACUCGGACAGGCAGUAAGGUGGUGGCUAGUUUGCCAUACUUGAUCUACGUCCUGCUGCUUGCGGUCAUUGGCCUCUCUCGGAUCUUCAUACUGGCCCAUUUUCCCCACCAGGUCAUUGCUGGGUUCCUGACCGGUAUUGUUCUUGGGGUCUACCUGAGUCGCUCCAUUCCGAAAUCCCAGUCCUUGCUCUUCUACCUUCGCAUUAGCAUGGGAAUACUGGUGGGAACACUGGUACUCCACACCGCCCUGGAGAAGGCCGGAAUCCCAUUGUCCUGGUCAGUGGCACUGGCGAAAAAAUGGUGUGCUCACGCUGAAUGGGUUCGCCUGGACACCAACCCUUUCUCCUCCAUCGUGCGGGCCAGUGGGGCCUUGACAGGCCUGGGGCUCGCCCAGUCCUGGAAGCCUGGCGGAUGGAGCCUCUCCUGGGCCCCGCGGGCUCUCUGCGUGGCCCUCUCAGCCAUGGCCCUCCACCACAUCAACCGCGUUAACCUCCCCAUGGACUACCCCGUCCUAUUCUACACGCUCUUCUUCGUCAAAUACACCCUCGUGCCUCAAGUGGUCAUUCUUUUCAUCCCUGGCGUCGUCCAUUUCCUCACCGCCAAAGCCAAGAGGGAUUGAAGACGGUCCUGUUACAUUGCCUGGCUGGCAUGUGGUCUCGAACCGGCAAUGCUUGAGGGCAUCAAAAGCAGAAGCUCUUCAGCUUCUUACACCAGUGGCUUGCGUUUGAUUGAGCACUUUUAAAAGCAUCACAGCCUUGGGGCCUGCAUACAUAGGGAACUUAAACCAUCCAUGUUGGUUCACCUCAUCAGUGAAUAGAGCAAAAGAUGCCUUUUGCUCUUUUUUUUUUGUUCAAAGUGUCAGUGAUUUAAAUUGAUUUCAAAGACUGAUGGUGUGGGUAAAUAGUGUUCUGCAGAUCCUUAGUUUUUGGGGUUGAGCCCGCCUUGUAAUUUAUUGUGACAUUUUCAUGACAUUUUCAUGGUUUGUCAUCUUUAUUGUUUCCAAAGACAUUUUUACCAUCUUAAGUAAAUACUAAAAUGUAAGUAGUGUCUGUAAGAAUUGCACUUAUUUCCAUCUAUGAAUAACUGAAAAUAUCUCAUCUCACAAACUUUAAUCUGUGCCAGACUGUCAGGAGCUCAGUGUUUGGUUAUGUGUACGAGAGACUCCCUCUACUGGUAGAGACAUGGUAUUGCGCCACAGUAGAACACUGCUGCAUUGCCUCUAGUUGCUGUUGAAAAGGAGGAAAGAGUGCAGAGAGCUCUAACUAUAUGGUGCUCAUGUCCUGCUCGAUUGUGUAGUAGAAACACUUGCAUUUGGGAUCAUCUGCAAAGAAUGUCUUACGUCUCUCUCUAAAGAGUAGAACGAUUUAGGGAAAAUAAUCCAGUUGCGUUUUUUCUGGCAGAUAUUGCGAUUUGAUUUGCGAUAUCAUUUUUGAAAGUUAAGCUUCAGUUCAGUAUUCACUAUAAAACUGUAUCGUAUUAUACUGUCA